GGUGAUCUGUUGCAGCAGGUAUACAGAAGAAUUUAGUGUCAGUAGUGCAAAGCGAAGUUCUUGGAGUUAAGUUUAUGUAAUAAAAUUAAUUGUCAGUUUUGUUUUAAACUGAAAUCUUUUAAAUAUGUUUCAGUUCAAGGAAAUAAUCUUAGUUUAAUCUGAUUUGAAUUACUUGGGAUCAUGUUUCAAGGAGGUAUAACAGAACGAAGGAAUAAAUUUUACAGCAAAGAACAGUAUAAUUCUGAUGAAAGAAGGAAUAACUCAUCACUCAACGCUCAGAAUAUGAUUUUUCCAUAUAUUGGACCCCCUGGUUCAGGACCCGGUUUAUUAGGUAACCGACCUGGCGCCGGUAAAACAGAAUAUCUUAUUGCUUUAGAACAUUAUGCUGCUAGUUUAAAGCGUGCCUUAACUAUUAUAACUGAGUUGAAGAAUCAAAAGAAUAAAGACUUGGAUGUUGAACUGGAGUGUGAUUCCGUCUGCAGUAUUGAAAGUGAACUUAAAAACAAGAGUGACGACAGUGCUUCCAGCCUAUAACUGCAAGAUAAACUAUCCUUUAAUUGACUUAUUUGCAUUUAUGUUUUAAAAAUUAUAUGAUCAGUUAUAUCAUAAAGUGAUAUUUACAUUAUCAAGACCAUUUUCUGAAAGGAGAUUUUAAGUAAGUGAUACAGAUUUUUGUAAGCUUUGUACAGUGCAUUUAUUUUAAGAGUAGGUAGUUUUAUGAAAAAAGAUUUUUAUUAGGCUUUACAUAUUGUUGAUUCUCAGAAGUCAAACAACAAAAAUCAGCGUUACACGUACAAAAUUUUCACAGGACUAGUUUCGAUGGUUCGGUAAAACCAUCGAAACUAGCCCUGUGAAAAUUUUGUAGGUGUAACGCUGAUUUUUGUUGUUUGACUUCUGAGUAUUUAUUCGGCGUGUUAUUGUGUCUUAAUUAUAUUGUUGAUUAUUAAUAGAUUAUUGGUGAUGGCUCUGUAACAUGAAUAUAAGGCUGUUUUAAUUGUUUUAUAAAUGUGGGAGGGGAAAAUAACUGUUCAUUAAUGCUGUAAGUUUCUAAGGCAUUUUAUUACAGUUUUUAAUAUAUGUGGAUUUAAACUUUUUUUUUUGAAAAAUUUUUUUAUAAAGUAGAGACAUUUUUUGUGAGGAGAAAGUAUUAACUAUUAUCCAAACUGAUUUAAUAUUGCAAGUCAAUGAAGAAUUUGUUUGAAAUGCUAUAAAUGUAACAGUAAAAAAUAGAAUUUUAUAAAAGAUGUGAUGUUUUUGGUUGGUCAUUGUAAUAUUUACUGAACUAAACAAAAAUGGAUUUGUUCAGUGAAAUAAUAUACAGUUUUACCAAAGUUAUUGGAAAUAAAAUACAGUUUUACCCAAA